AAUAAAGAACGCCCACUUUAGGUUCACAAAUUUUGCACAUAAAUAAAAGAUCAUAUUUUUUAUUAUAUCAAACACCCAUUCAAUAACUUAAAAAUUAUGGAAAUUUUAUCAAUAAAUCAAAAUAUUGAAUUCAAGGCAGUUCAAAACGAUGAUCUAUGUGAACCUAAUUUGGUCUCUUGCUCUAAUACGCAAUCUGAUUUUGGUUCAGUGCAGAAUUUUACAGAAUGUUUCGAUUGCUCCGAAACAGCUAUAGUCGAUAUUCAACAAGAAAAACUUCAACCAACGUGUCGAAUUUGUUUAGGGGAUGCAAGCGAUGAAUUACUUUCUCCGUGCAAUUGUACAGGGACGACAAAAUAUGUGCACGAGCGAUGCUGGGUGCAAUGGUUUUUGAAAUCAAAGCGUCAGAUGUGCGAAAUUUGUCAAGGAGAAAUAAAUAUCAAAAAGACAGGUUACAAACCAUUGUUGAAGUGGAAACUGCCGUUAAGUUUAAAGCUAAAAACUGUUCAUUUAUUGAUUGCUUUGUAUAUGAUAAUCAUGGUAUGUUUUACAAGUCUCGUUAUUUGGAUCAGUAUUGGUAGAUGUUUUUCUAUUGUUUGCACUUUUGUAUACGCUGCUUUUUGCGUGGGUGCAAUCUGUUUGGUAUACCUGUGUAAAAACGUGUUUAGCCUAUUAAACUAUAUUAAGUCCAUAUUAUAUAUAAACAGUGAAUGGAAAGUUUAUGGACGCAAAGAUCUGAAAAAUAGAGAAGUUUCAUCUGAACCCGAAGACAUUUCUUCUAUUUCUAAAGCAGCAAAAGUUUGAACAAUAUUAUUAAGAUGUGUAUAAUUAGAUAAAAUGUAAAUAAUAGCUUUUGUUAAAAGUUUUUUAAUAUAUUAACCUUGUAUAA